GCCGCCGCCGCCGCCGGCGCGGCCACGGCUGCCGUGGCGGCUGUGGUGGCGUUACUGACGACCGCUGACGAGUGUGAAAAAACUGCCGUGGCACGCUGUGUUUACUCCGUUCAGGCACGACAACUACGGACAGCCGUACCCGGGGCAGGGCCCCCACCAGGGCCAGCCGCCCUACCCCCCCCCGGCCAGCACGCAAUGUACCAGCAGCAGCAGCAGCCGCAGCCACAGCCGAACUAUAAGCGACCCAUGGAGGGCAUGUACGGCCCGCCGGCCAAGCGGCACGAGAGCGAGGCCUACGGCCUGGCCUACCCGCCCAGCCGCCCUCCGACCCCUACGCGGGCUACCCCGUGCCGGGGGCCGCGGGGGCCUACGGGGACCGCCGGCCGCCCCCCACGCACGCCCCGGCCCCCGCCAGCCAGUUCCCCUUCGGCUACGCGCCGCCCGACCGCGCGCCCCCGCAAGCCCCCCAGGCCAUCGUGGGCGCCGACUCGGGCCCCCCCGGCGCAGGGGUCGGCGGGGGGCAACCGGGCUGGGGGCCGGCGCGCGCCGGGGGGGGGGCCGACGGGCGGCCCCGGGGACGCGCGUACCCCCCCUACCCGAGCCGCCCUCCUCGCAGGCCCCGCCGUACCCGGGGCGGCGGGGGGCGGCCGCGGCGCGGGCGAGGACGGGGGGGGCCCCCGCGGGGGAGCCGCCGGGCCCGCGGGCGCCGGGCGAGUGGCACUACGCGCAGAGGCCCGCGCCGUACCGGCGACGCCGGCGCCGCAGCCCCACGGCCACGCGACGCCCGGCCAGAGGCCUCAGUACCGCACGGCCGGCCCCGCCGGAUACCCGCAGGUGUCUCCGAGCAAGCCGCCGUACCUCUCCGCCGGCGGCGUGCGGAUGCAGAAGGUGGGGCCCCCCGUGCCGGCGUCGCAGCUGCCGGGGGCCCCCGCGCAAGGACCCCCCCUUCCCCCGGGAUGCGUGGAGGCGACGCAGGCGGCCGUGAAGGCGCGCCGCCGCCUCACCGCCAAGGACGUGGGCACCCCGGAGGCGUGGCGGGUGAUGAUGUCGCUCAAGUCGGGCCUGCUGGCGGAGAGCAGCUGGGCACUGGACUCCAUCAACGUGCUGCUGCACGACGACGCCACCGUCGCCAGCUUCAGCCUCUCGCAGCUGCCCGGCCUGCUGGAGCUCCUCGUCGAGUACCUGCGCCGCUGCCUCAUCCACAUCUUCGGCAUCCUGCGCGAGUGCGAGAUCGGGGGUCGCGCCGCUUACGACGACGACGACGACGACGAGGAGGAGGAUGAGGGGAGGAGCGGCGAGGACGGCGCCGCGCAGGACGCGGAGGAGCACGCGGCCGCCUGGGCCCCACUGGCGGGCCGCGCGACGGGGGGGCCCGCCCCCCGCCGGCCGCCGGGGCCGUCCGCCGAGCGCAAGCGCAAGCAGGCGAGCCGCUUCGACCCGCCGCUGGCGCUGGCUCUGGAGGACGCGGACGGGGCCUACGUGCUGGACCGCUCGGCCCGCCUGGGCCAGCCGCGGGAGUUCGACAGCGGCCUGCGGCACUGGCGGGUGGGCGGCGGCGACACCACGUGCCACAUCCAGACGCACUUCGAGCGCCGGGACGAGCGGCCCAGGAGCCCGGCGCCGCCGCGGCAACCGCAACAGUCACCGCAGCAGCAUGAGCAGCAGCAGCAGCAGCAGCAGCGACCGGCGCAGCAGCAGCGGCAGCAGAACGGGCCCGUGGAGGGCGCGCGGCCCAACGGCGAGAGCAACGGCGCGCGCGCGGACGGGGAGCCGGCGGGCGGGAGGGGGCGACGCGCCGCCCGUGCGGAACGGCACGGGCGGCGAGGAAGCGGCGGAGCGAGCGGCCGGGGGCGGCGAACCGGCGCCGGGCUCGCCGGACGGCGCCGGCCCUCGCCCGGGGGCAGCCCCAAGCCGGCGGCGAGGGCCGGGAACGACGCGGACCGCAGGCCGUCGGCCUCCAGCAGGCGGGAGACGGCGCAGCGGGGCCAGCGGCAGCAGCUGGGCCAGCAGCGGAAGCGGCAGCAGAUGCUGGAGGACGAGCCGCAGGGCCGCGACGAGGCGCCGCUGAGCCGCACGCGUCCCUGGCAGGAGUCGCUGGUGGGGCGCUGCGCCUGCGUCUCCAACAUCGUGCGCAGCCUGUCCUUCGUGCCGGGCAACGACGCCGAGAUGGCGCGCCACCCGGGCCUGCUGGUCAUCCUGGGCCGCCUCGUGCUGUUGUGCCACGUCCACCCCGACCGCCGGCCGCCGCUGCGCCAGUGCCGGCGCCCCCCGCCGGACGCCUCUGGCGACAGAAGCGGGGGGGGACGCAUCGCCGCCCCGCGGCCGCCGGCGAGGCGGGGGCCGAAGGAGGAGCGGGAGGAACCGGCGGCGACGAAGGCCGAGAACGGCCGGACGGCGGACGACGGCGACGGCGCCGCGCGCCGAGCCCGCCGACGGCGCCGGCAGGACGGAGCGGAGGCCGUGCGGCGGGGGCGACGCGUGGGGGGGUGGGGGGCGUGGGCCCCGGCGUCCGUGGUGCCUGCCGCCUGGCAGGAGGAGUGGCUGCUGGAGUGCGUGGAGACGCUGCGCGAGAACGCGCUGGUGACGCUCGCAAACAUCGCGGGCCGCCUCGACCUGUCGCUCUACGCCGAGAGCGUCUGCCUGCCGAUGCUCGACGGCCUCCUGCACUCCGUGUGCCCGGCGGCCGAGGCGCGCGACCCCUUCCCGUCGCUGGCGCCGUGCGCCGUGCUCUCGCCGCAGCGGCUCGCGCUGGAGACGCUGUCGAAGCUCGGCGUGCAGGAGGGCAACGUGGACCUCAUCCUCGCGACGCCGCCCUUCUCGCGGCUCGAGUGCCUCCUGAGCGCGCUGGUGCGCUUCGUGGCCGAGCGGCGCAACCCGGUGUGCCGCGAGAUGUGCGUGGCGCUGCUCGCCAGCCUCGUGCAGGGCGGCGGCGCCGACGGCGUGCCGGCCCGCGCCGUGGCGCGGCACAAGGGCACCGUGGGCAGCCUCGUGUGCUUCCUCGAGGACGGGCUGAUGGCUGCGCUGCAGCAGACGCAGCAGCAGACGCAGCAGACGCAGCAGCAGCAGCAGGCGCAGCAGCAGGCGUGGGACAUGCUGCGGCGUGCCGCCGGCGUGCUGCUGGCGCUGGCCAGGCUGGACGGGUGCCGCGCCGAGUUUGUGCUGUACGAGGGCCGGCUGCUGGACCUCGCCAUUGUCGCACAUCCUCAACCCCUACAUCUCCCCGUCGUGGCCGACGUGCUUUACGUGCUGGGCCACACGUGA